AUGACUGUUGCUAAUAAUAUUAAGACUUCUUUUCCCAAGGUUGACAAUGCUAUGGAACUGUUAACGGCUAUUAAAGAACGCUUUAAAUCAGCGGACAAGUCGUUAGCAGGGACACUUAUGGCUGAAUUGACUACCAUGAAAUAUGGUGGUGAUAAGGGAAUUCAGGAACACAUCCUGAAUAUGACUGAUAAGGCUGCCAAACUUGGAGCUCUUGGCAUGAAAGUGGAAGAGUCAUUCCUUGUGCAAUUUAUCCUUAACUCACUUCCAUCAAAGUUCGGCCCAUUCAAAAUCCACUAUAAUACUCAAAAAGACAAGUGGAAUUUGAAUGAGCUGACUAGUAUGUAUAUUCAAGAGGAAGUGAGAUUAAAGUAG